AUAUAUUCAUAUAAAUGGAAAGACUAAGUAGUUAAAAGUUGAAAUUGUCAAAACAUCUCUUUCAAAAAUUGGCAUUGAUGUAAAAAAUGAUGAAAAUAACGAUACUUUAUCAAAAUUUUUGACCUGAGAAAUAAGAAAGAUUUGCAUCAAUUUUUUCGAAUAUCCAUCGAUUUAUAUUUAUUGUUAGGAAACCGCUAUUUCUUAGCGCAUUUUGAUACUCCGCCCUUCAUACGAACUUUCUUAAAACCCUGUAUUGAGUAGAUCAAAAACUUUUGUAAGCUUUUUCUGAAAAUACAGCUCGAUGAAUAGCAGGAGUGAGCUAUUUACACUAAUUAUGAACAUAAGUUACUUCUGCAUUACAAACUACAUUGCGUUAUUCAUAACUCAUUCGAUUCCGACUUUUUUUAAUUUUUAGUUGUGUCUUUUUCGUUUUGGUUUUGACAUUGUCCUUACAAGUUGCUAAAAUGAAUAUCGAUGAAUUACCUGAUGACUGCUUAUUAUAUAUUUUCAAUCUUUUCUGUGGAUUUGGUACUCUUCUGGAUUGCUCAGAAGUCUGUGAAAGGUGGAAACACUUGGUUUUCAGAAGAUUACUCAGUGUUAAAUACUUAACAGAUGCGUCGAGAAGGAAUGGUUAUCCCGCCAGUACGAUAUACUUUAGGGAAGAUGAUCGAUUAGAGCAAAUUGAAAUAUACAAAUGGUUUCCUAACCUCAAGAUCUUAGAUGUAAGUGGAAGUCUUGACGUGGAUUGCUUUUCUAAAUUGCCAGUUAAAGGAUUGUGUUUGAAUUUAUAUUAUGAUACCAUGGUCGAAAACAUUAAUAUUCCAUCCAUUGAAAUGUUAGCAGUUCCAGAUUUUUAUGAUUUUUUUGCAAACGAUAUUCAAGGACCGAUACUGGAGCAAUUACUCGUUUCCAAUUGCAAUAUUUCUAAGUUGUCCAGUUAUGCUAAAUAUUUUCCGAACUUGAAGCGACUUCAUCUUGAUAAUUAUAUUUACGCCCCUUCGAAAGACAACUUUUAUACUGGACCUGUUCUUGAAAAGCUAGAGAUAUUGGAAAUGGGUUUCCACACAUUUUCGGAGCCAGGUGGAUAUUACGGAUUCAGCCUUGCAGACCAUUGUCCAACUUUAAAAAGUGCCUUUCAUUUUAUUCAAACUGGUCAAGAAAUUUUCGUGGACGAUGGGAUCGUAAAUUAUUUCUUAGAAGACUUAGUCAUCGAAUUUUGCUGUAAGAGGGAAUUUAAGGAUUGGUCAGUUUUAAGACGCAUAUUGAGCAAGUAUCCAAAUUUGAAACAUUUGGCUAUCAGAGGAGAAGCAGAAAUAUCUGAUGAAAAUAUUCCCGAACUCUUAAAGCUACUUCCUCGUAUUAGUCUUAUUGAUCUCAGCAAAUCGAAAGAAGUAACUGAAAAGUCAUCUAAAUACAUUGACCGGUACUGUAGAUAUCGUUCAGUUUCACUCUAUUACCAAAAUAGAGCUGAAAUAACAAAGAAAUGGCCUCAUUUAUCAACCAAACGCGUCUUUGUUGGUCGAGGAUUUGAUUUCAUGAAAUACUGUUUCCUCAUAGAUUAUGUAGAUUCGCCCUCCUUACUUGAUCCUGAUGACUAAAGAGCAAUUUAACAGAUUAAGUACUUGAUUUUGUCUUCCAUUUCAUACUUUGUUUUCCCAUGCCCAUUAUCUGUCCAUCUUUAUCCAUCUAACUCUUUAUAAAGAUACAUUAGCAUAAGUGGAAAGUAAAUGAUACCUCUGAUUUUUAAUUUGUAAAACAAGACAAAAAUAAAAAAAAAUUUUUAGCACUUAA